UGAGAGGCAACAGCUGAGCUGGAGGAGGAGGAGAAGAGGAGCGCAGUCCAUUGGCACUGCUAGGGACCCUCCUCUCGUUUCAUCCCCCCCUUCUGCCCGGGAGCACCAGCAUGCCGGUGGCCAGAGCCGGCUCUGCGCCUCAGCUCUCUGUUCUCACCUCGCCGUCACUCCUCUCUUUUAUUCCUCUCCUGGUAAACAUUGCUCUGCUCUUCACUGCAAGUGUGACAUGUCCAGCACCCAAACCUCACCAACUGGACAAAGGCGGGCGUUUGACUUGACCGAAGGAAAGAGUCGGCAAAGACCGGAGAACAGAAAAGACGCGAGAACUAAGGGAUCAAACUCUGACACCAAAGACAAUCCACAAAGGACAACAUAACUUGUUGUUGUUAAUCGAAUUGGUCUAGAUUUACGGACUUGAUUCUCUGUUGCAGAUCAGAAAGGGGACCGGUUAGAUCUGUGUGAUGCAUUACCUGCUCAGCAGAUUUGGAAGCCAGCUGGAAGAUAUCAGCUGUUGUUAAAUACUCGCGCAUGAUUUGAGAUGACAAUUUAUGGGAUGGAUCAGUCUUAAUCUCUGCGUUUGAACGAACUCUUUUCAAGACGCGCUUCAAUCAUCAUGCUGGAUACUAAUCACUGCCUGCACAUCGACACUUCCUCCUUGGUGGCUCAACCAAUCAGAGACGAUACCAGCAAGCCAGGGAUAACCAUGGAUUACGAGAGACACGCCUAUCAUAGCUUGAAAGAAGUGCUACAGCUCAAACUGCAGCAGCGACGCACCCGAGAGGAGCUGGUCAGCCAAGGGAUCAUGCCUCCACUGAAGAGCCCGGCCGCUUUCCACGAGCAGAGGAGAAGUCUGGAGCGGGCACGGACGGAGGACUAUCUGAAGCGGAAGAUUCGGAGCCGUCCUGAGAGGUCGGAGCUCGUGAGAAUGCACAUACUGGAAGUACUCCCCAAGACUAGACAAGAACUACACCAGGAAGAGACAUCGGCCGAGCCCUCUCUGCAGGCCAAGCAGAUGAAGCUGAAAAGAGCUCGUCUGGCUGAUGACCUCAACGAUAAGCUUUCUCACCGACCUGGCCCCAUCGAGCUCAUCCACAAGAAUAUCCUGCCCGUGCACACAAUCAUUGGUACGGAGUCACCAAAGGGCGAUAGCUCCUCAUUGGACGAGGACAGCAGUGAUGCGCUCUCUCCUGAUCAGCCAGCCAAUCACGACUCUCCCCUCAGCUCCAGCCAGCAGCACUCGCCGCCUGAUGUGCUUAAUCUGAAUGGGCACCCAUCUCCCCCUCAGUUCCUCCCGCAAGUCCCUCCGCAGCUGAAUGGCACGGACGUUCCUCCACCGCAGUUGCUGACCAAUGGGGCCUUGACCCCCACCGUCGUCACACCGCGUCCAACCACGGGGCAGACGAAGUCGUCGUCUAAGUCCAGUUCGGACCGGCCGUCCCAGCGGCCCAAGAAGGCCAAGGACAGCAAGCCCAAGGUGAAGAAGCUCAAGUACCACCAGUACAUCCCGCCGGACCAGAAGGCGGAGCGCGAGCCGCCGCCCCAGAUGGACUCGUCCUACGCCAAGCUGCUCCAGCAGCAGCAGCUCUUCCUGCAGCUGCAGAUCAUCAGCCAGCAGCAGCAGCACUACAACUACCACACCAUCCUGCCUGCGCCGCCCAAACCCCCUACCGAGCAGCAGCAGCAGCCUCCGCCUGCUCCCCCUCCCCCAGCCAACCCUGGGCCCUCCCCGUCCCGUGCCGUGCCAACCCCCGCCUCCUCCUCCACCCCCUCCUCCAGCCAGACCGGGUCCAACCGCCAGGGCCAGCCCCCGUCUGCCGACGCCAAGCCAAGCACCCUGCCGGCGAACCUGGACGAGUUCAAAGUGGCUGAACUCAAGCAGGAGCUCAAACUGAGGGGUCUGACCGUCUCGGGCACCAAGAACGACCUGAUCGAGAGGCUGAGGAACUACCAGGAGCAGAACGGCGGUGCCCAGAAAGCUGCCCAGUCUCAGGGGCAAGCGAACGGUCUCGUGCCGGUUGUCGCACUGUCCAAGGAAGCCCCAGUGAAAUUGGGAACCGUCCCGGUUGUCAACGGCCAUGUCACUCAGAUGCCCCACGUGAUGCGCUUCAGCAGCACAAGCUCCUCCCCUCCGGUGUCUCCCGCCCCCUCUGACCGGUCAUUGGCUGGAAUGAGCCCAGACGAGACGAGCUGUAAUGGCGACGUGUUUGGUGAAAUGGUGAGCUCCCCUCUCACUCAGCUCACGCUGCACCCGUCCCCGGAGCCCCUGGAGGCCGCCGUGGUGAAGGAGGAGCCGCGGGGCCUCGGCCAGCUCUCCAGCUGCCUCGCCCGGGCCCAGCCCCCCCUCCACAACAACGCCACCGCCGCCGGUCAGAACAAGGACCAGAUGCUGCAGGAGAAGGACAAGCAGAUCGAGGAGCUGACGCGCAUGCUGCGCCAGAAGCAGCAGCUGGUGGAGACGCUGCGCCUGCAGCUGGAGCAGGGCAAGCGCAACGGUAACGGCGGCGUCGGCGUCGGCGGCGUCGCCAUGGACAUCCCCAACAUGGUCAUCGCCACCGCCGCCGAGACCCACCUCCUCCUCAACGGCGUCCAGCUCAACGGCGUGACCGCCACGGUGAAGGAGGAGACCGAGGACGAGAAGAUGGCGCUGACGACGGCGACGACACCGGCAACUACGGUAAACGCUCCUGUGGUGGCCAUGGAGACGCAGCAGCAGACGGCGGGCCAGAGGAAGGUGCAGAUGCCGUGCUCCCAGCAGACGCUGCUCAAGCUGCAGCAGAUCCAGCGGCUGCAGGCACAACAGCAGCAACAGCAACAGCAGCAGCAGCAGCAGCACGUGGAGCUGCAGAGGAUAGACCUGCAGCAGCAGCAGCAGAAACUGCAGCAGCUGAUCCUACAGCAGAGACAGGCACAGCAACUGCAGCAACAACAACAACAACAACAACUACAACUACAACAGCAGCAACAGCAACAACAACAGCAACAACAGCAGCAGCAGCAACAACAACAACAACAACAGCAGCAGCAGCAGCAGCAGCAGCAGCAACAACAGCAACAACAACAACAGCAGCAGCAUCAGAGGAAGCAGCUGAGGCCUCAGAAGCAGCAGCAGAGGCAGCAAAAGAAGCAGGAGCCUCCCAAACCACAGCAGGCCCCUCAAGUGUUUGUUACCCAGCAACCCAGUACACCGGUCACAACUCCCUCAAUCUCAUUGGACCUCCUCAAGGCACAUCCCGCCCCUACGUUGGUGACGGACGGCAAUGGAAACCACUAUCUGAUCACACUGACCAACAGCAGCACAGACGGCCAGCUGCCCAUUUCGCCACAGAGCAAGACCAACGGACGCAUCACUCUUCAGAGGUUACAGUCGACCCCUGUCAAGCUCCCCAGCCAAUCACCUGUACAGAUGGUCUCCAGCAACAACCAAUCAAAACCAAAGGAGCAGACGACUCCUGUUAAACAGCCUGUGAAAAAGAGGACCGCCCUCCAUCUGCAGACCAAUGGCGUGCAGGAGCCCAGCGUGCCGGUCACUGCUCCACCCAAUCUCCAGCCUUUCUUCUUCACCAAGGACUCCUCAUUGGAUCAGACCAUCUCGCCUCCACCAAUCAAGCCGGAGGUGUGUCCGACCUUUGACCGACACACCUUGUUCACCCCUCCCUCUCCUAAACAGACCUCUCACUCCACUUCACACAAAGAGAAUGGCUCAUGCAGUCAGCAUAUUGACGACUUGUUUGACAUCCUCAUCAAGAGUGGAGAAAUCUCCUCCAAUUUCAAAGCCAAUCCAGACCCGUCCCUGUCAGAGCUGCACUCCAACCCGCCCACCCCCUCCCCUCCCUCCUCCCCCCUCCGCCUCUCCCCGCCGACACCUCCUCCAGAGCCGUCCUCCAUCUCCUCCUCCCUGUCCUCCACCUCCUCCCUCUCCUCCUCCUCCCAGCACGCCUCCCUGCGGAGCGGGCGGCUGGAGGACUUCCUGGAGAGCACCACGGGCGCGCCGCUACUGGGCGUGGCCCCCGGCGACGGCGGCGACGACGACGCGGACGGCCCGCUGACGCUCAUCGACGAGCUGCACAGCCAGAUGCUCAGCACGCCCAGCAUCCUGGACCACCCGCCGUCGCCCAUGGACACCAGCGAGCUGGGCUUCGCGCCGCACCCCGCCGGCCUGGACUUCGGGGACCCCACCCUGGACGGCAUGGACUGGCUGGACAUAUCCAUGGGCGGGGGAGGGGGCGGCGUGGGCAGUGGCGUCGGCAUCGGCGGGAGCGGAGACGGCACGGGGAGCGCCAACGGCGUCGGGGGCGGCGGGGCCGGCGAGAGCGCCACCAUCUUGGCGCCGCUCGGCUCGCACACGCCCCCUAGUGUCUUCUCGGCAGACUUUUUGGACAGCUCAGACCUGCAGCUGCACUGGGACUCCUGUUUGUAGCCCCCCACCCCCCUUCCCCAACCCGCCUGUGACCGCACUUGCUUGUGUGGUCUUUGCCCGCUGGCGCUAGUGCAGCCGGGACACGGACAAGGACACAAACUCAUCGCUGUAAAAGGGGGGACGCCACUCGCGAGCAAGCAGACAUUUAGACACACAUCCACGAACUGUGCACAUUAUGCUGAGAAAAGCCCCUGCUGGAAAUCGGCUGCAAAAAAAAAAAAAAAAGCCCAAAAUCAGGGGGGGAUGGGGGAGAGACCCUCUCCGUCUCCCUGGCGUCCGUUCCUCUGAUGGCGUAAGCACUGAGUUAUAUCUCCCUCCUGUCCUGCUCUGGACUCCCCCACGACUCUCCACCCCACCUGCUGCACCACCCGCUACACCACCCGCUGCACCACCUGCAUCCAAAGACUUUGCCAACAACAGUCCCGCUGCGGUUCUCCUCCUCCUCUCGGGCCUCUCCACCAUUUAGCUGCUUCUCACAGGGCAGCACUCAGAGAGCAGUACGCUGUGGCCAUGCGUAGGCUUUCUCUGUCAGGCAGGAAAACUUCCGGGGGGGAGGGGUAGUAGUUUCGACAUAUCUGUGGUAGGAGUUGGGCUGCUGCGGCGGCAGAUCUAAGAUGGAUUUGGGGAAAGAAGAGAGGAAAUUUCACAAAUGUAAUACCAAAGGCAGUGUCACUUUUCAAUGAGCAUAGUGUUGUUGUUUUUUUUUAAAAAGAAUGAAUAAAUGAAUAAAAUCUAUUACCAUCUAUGCUGGUUUCCAGACAUCCACAAACCAAUAGUGGUCAUCGAGCUACCUUUUCUUGGUGAAAUUGCUGAACACUGCAACUGAGCCUGGUAGCCUGCAGUUGUGCGGUUGGACGUUGGACGAUGUCCGCCUGGUCCCAGUAAGUGUAAUCUCAUGGUCCGCGCUGCAUGGCUUCUCCAUAAGAGACAGGGUCAUCACCGUCAGCUGUUUUCCCUUUUUUAUUGCUGGUAAUUGGUCAGGUCAGAUGUGCCUUACAGUGUAAGGCUUCACAGUCCUGGACAUAAAAACAGUCAAGCCAGUGUUUUACAGUUUUGAGGUUGUGUACAUUCUACAGUUAUAUUUUAAAAUAUCACCACGGUAACCGAGGGUGCCCUGUCACUCAUGCGCUGGGUCCAAGUUGGGCUUCUGUCACUGUUGUACUGCUGUGCCCUUGUUCUUGUGUAUUAGCACUGAGUUUAUCCUUUCUCUGUUUCUCUCUCUUUCUUUCUUCCUUCCUUCCUUCCUACCAUUCUUUCUCUCUCUCUUCCUCUUCCUUUCUCUCUAUCUCUUUGUAAUUGACUAUAAUGUUGGUGGACUCUCAGUGUAUCAGUUCUUCCAACUUUGCACUUAAGACUUCCUGAACUGGUACCCUUGUAUCGGGACAGGGCUUUCAAAUACACACAGCCUCCUGGGAAUUUGGUUUGGUGAUGUUCAUCAGAUCACUAUGCAUUGCUAUUAUUUGGGGUAUAUAUUAUAAGUUGUGCUUUUUCUUUCUUCUCCCCUUGAUUGUAUAGUUUUAGCAGGUGGAGAUUUGAGCUGGGCUUCCAGGUCAAAAAUAUUUGAACCUUGUAAUUUUUUUAAAAGAAUUAAAAAAAAAAAUGACCAAA